GGAGAACUGAGUCAAUAUGAAGCUGUUGCUAUUGUUGGCCCUUGUUGCUUUGGAUUACUUGGGAUGCAUCGCCUACUCCGAGGAGGACGAGGCCCAAUGGGAACUAUUUAAGAUCGAAUAUAAUAAAACGUACAAAAAUGAAGGAUACGAACCUACGGAGAAAUAUAGUAAGAAAAUGUUCAUGAAAAAUCUCAAGUACAUCCGUAAACACAACAAGAAGUACGAGCGAGGAGAAGUUACCUUCACCGUAGGAGUCAACAAGUUCGCUGACAUGCACUGGCAAAGCGUGCCAAGGAUGGGCCAAGGUUUCAAUCCCCAUAAAGACAGCCAGAGAAGAGAAGCUUCGUUUAAGACCAAUGAGACCCUGGAAAUUCCCGAUAAUAUAGACUGGAGGAUGAAGGGAGCCGUAACCGAAGUUAAAGACCAGGGUGAAUGUUGGUCUUCCUGGGUCUUUGGUGCGGUUGGAAAUGUAGAAGGACAGAACUACCUGAAGACCAAGAAGCUGGUGUCUUUGAGUGAGCAGAACGUUCUUGACUGCGUCUAUUCCGAUGACCCAUGUGGUGGAGAUCAGGUUGAAAAAGCUAUAAGAUACAUCCACGAGAAGGGAAUUGACACAGAGGCUUCCUAUCCCUACGAGGCUGAACAUAGGAAGGUAGGUGAUUGCAGAUACAAUGCUACGAACAUUGGAGCCACUAUCUCAGGCUUUCAAAAUUUGUAUAAUAAUCCUACUGACCUGAAUUUGCUACGUGAUGUGGCUCAUCAUGGACCUAUGACUGCCGUCAUCGUUACAAACGACAUCGCUUUCCAGCUGUACAAGAGUGGAGUAUACACGAAUCCUAAUUGUAAUUCGUAUUAUUACAACCAAGCAGUGUUGGUUGUCGGGUACGGAACUGCCAAGAAGGGAGGAGACUUCUGGUUGGUGAAGAACUCCUGGGGCACCUCCUGGGGAAUGAGGGGAUACAUUAUGAUGGCCAGGAACCACAGGAGCAUGUGCGGUAUUGCAGGACAAGUCUACAUAGUCUACAGUUAAGCCGUGACUUUAUGGUCCAUGAGAAAAUGUCAAUAUUAUUGGACUUUUUUACUACGAAAUUGUAGCCUUUCAUUAAUCGAUAGAGGGGUGAAGAGGCAUUGGCAGUGGUGUGGCUGUAGGGCAACGAAAAGAGAUGUUUGUUUCUACUAUUGUAAUCAUCGGCAAAUAGAAGUGAAUUUGAAUUUAAAAUACAGUCACUUAGAUCAUUAAUUAGUAUUGUAAAAAGACAAGGCCCUAGAUUCAAACCCUGGGGAACUCCAGAUUGGACAUUAAAUACAGCAGAGGAAAAUUCAUGAUAGAAAACAAAUUGCUUCCUAUUCACAUUGUAAGAUUUGAAAAAAUGCAAUAAAUUAU